AUGCUAUACCCUCGCGCAUCUCUACAAAAUAAAACAUACUUCCAUUUAUAUGAUUUUCCCCCCGCACUACGGCCGAGAGACUUCAAAGCACCAUCGGCAUGGAGCGACAACCCCGCCGACGCCGAAGACCAGCCCUGGCAUGCCUUCAAUGCCGGCGCCGCAAGAUCAAGUGUGAUCGAAGCGAGCCGUGUAAAUGACGAUGAGCCCGUCAUGCCAACCCCGUCGGGCGGAGAACUUCCGACCUCACCAUCGCGUUCAGAUCAGGCCCGACAGAUCAGUACAGACAGGCCAAUCCCGGAGUAUAGUGACAAUCCACUCAGAACCCGAGUCGAAGGUUCGGGAGCAGGUUCAAAUUCUACUCGGAAUAAUAGUACUAUUGGCGGCAAUGAUACCCAACACCCGACUCGUGUCCGCACGGAGGAGCCAGAGCCAGAUCUUCGGAACCUCUUGCAGCGGGUACAGAGGCUCGAGACGUCUUCGACAUCUCUCCCUUGUAAUGGAACAUCCGAGACCAGUCUAAACCUAGUCGCCCAACAGUCUGGAUUACAGGAUGCGCAAAUAAGCGUCCAUAAAACGAGAGUCAUAAGAUGGAGCCACGGAUUGGAUGCGGCUCAGUCUGAGUUUAGAAUAAUCAUUGCCUGUUUCAUAGCUUAUACUCAACCUCCCGGCAGCAGCGAUGGAGUUUCGUCGCUAGAUACGGAAAAUGAAACCUUGGUUAUCCAGAUUAGCAACCUCCUCCAGAAAUGCAAGAAUAUCGCAAGGAGCCUCAAGGUAGGACGGCCCAGUAGAACCCUCACUGGCCCUGGGUUUGGCCUUGACGCCCCAUCCCGUGAAUUUGCCGAUACGCUGGCAGUAUUGUAUUUCCAAUCAUUCGAGUCCACCCACCGGAUCCUCCAUGUACCUACGUUCUGGACAGAGUACCAGAGAUAUUGGGCUCAUCCGGAGAGUGCGAGCAUGGGCCUACGUCUUAAAGUCCUUCUUGUAGUUUGCAUAGGUUCAAGUCUCUACAAGCCUAAAGACGCUGAUCCUGGGCUGCGCAAUAUGGUUCACCAAUGGAUAUACGCUGCCCAGAUGUGGCUCUCUGGGCCUCUUGAAAAGGACCGCUUAGACAUCCACGGCCUACAAAUACACUGUCUGACAAUCCUGGCUCGAGAAAUCUUUUCAGUUGGCGGGGACCUGGUGUGGAUGUCAAUGGGUUCGCUCGUCCAUAGAGCCAUGCAAAUAGGUUUACAUCGAGACCCGAAAUACCUCCCACCAAUGGCAAUAAUGCAAGCAGAAGUUCGAAGGAGGAUGUGGGUCACUAUUCUAGAAAUGCUAAUACAGUCAUCUUUGGACUCGGCUAUGCCGCCGAGAAUGUCCAUUGAUGAAUUUGACACCGCGGCACCUUCAAACAUCAACGACGAUGAGAUAUGUGACUCGACCACGGUGCUUCAGCCUCAUCCCAGAAGCACUUACACCAUGACCUCGAUGCAGCUCCUUUUAGUUGACUCCAUACCAACCCGUCUCCGUAUCCUCCAGCUUUUGAAUGGUUUGAAGCCUGAAAUAUUAUACCUCGAUGUCCUGGCGCUAAGCUCGGAAAUCACCACCACAUGCCGUGCAUCGAGCAGUUUCAUGAAAGAACACAAGAAACACGGCAUAACAUCCUUCCACCGCAACCUACUAGACUAUCUCAUCCGUCGCUUCCUCAUCCCCCUACACCUACCAUUCGCCAGCAAAACGCGUACAAACCCGCUAUUCCACCACUCCCUCAAAACCAGCCUCGAAACAGCCAUAGCCAUCAUCUCUCCCGAGCCCGACGACAACUUUUCCGCCCUCAUGGCCAUGGGCGGCGGGCUAUUCAAAGAAGGCCUCCGCUCCGCAAACACUGUUAUCAGUCUCGAGCUUCUCGCGUACGUCGAGGGUCAACGCCUCGAUGGGACGCUACAGCGCAGCUCCCAGUACAGGGAGCUUCUGAAGCAGCAUAUGAGGGAUAUGAUUCUAUUGUCGAUCGAGCGGAUUAGACAAGGUGAGACGAAUGUUAAGAGCCAUAUGUUCUUGAGUAUGGUUAUGGCUCAGGUCGAGGCCCUGGAAACGGGGGCGGAGUGCGAGCUGGGGAUCGCGAGGGCGGCGAGGGAUAGUCUUGAAUUCUGUCAUGAUCUGUUGUUGACAAGGGAUGGUGCGGGGGUUUUGUUGGCUGCUGAUGAUAUGGGGCUUACCCCAAUAAGCUAUAACGAUGGGCAGGAUGCGUUUGGGAUGGAUUUUAACUUUGAGUCCUUUUUGCCAGAUGCAGGUUUCUUCCCCAAGAAAAAAAUGAAAAUCCUCAUCAGCGGCGCCGGAAUCGCGGGCACAUCUCUUGCCCUCUGGCUCUCGAAACUAGGCCAUGACAUAACAGUUGUCGAGCGCUUCCCCUCACUCCGCGCUACAGGCUUACAGAUCGAUCUCCGCGGCCACGGAAUCGAAGUAAUGAAGCGAAUGGGCCUCGAAAAGUCCUUUCGCUCCAAAGCGGCGCCGGAAGAAGGGCUACAGAUCGUUGACAAGACAGGGAAACGCCGGGCCUUUUUCCCGGCGAAUAAAUCGGAAAAUGGGGAGCAGAGCUUUACGACGGAUUGGGAGAUUAUGAGGGGUGAUUUAUGUAGGAUUUUGUAUGAUGCUGGGAAAGAGAGAGUGAAAUACGUUUUCGGCAUGUGGAUUAAGGGGUUGGAAGAGACGGAUGUGGGGGUCGACAUUAACUUCUCGGAUGGCAGGUCGGAGAACUUCGAUCUUGUUGUUGGCGCUGAUGGUGUCGGGUCACACACGCGCAAGAUGAUGUUCGGAUCCGGUGCUACGGACGCGUUUUAUCCGUGUGGCGGCGGCAAGAUGUAUGUGGCAUACUUUACUGCUCCUCGGCCGGUACAAGAAGGAGAGCGGUACAUUGCUACUAUGUUUAUGGCGACUGGAAAACGCGGCAUAAUGGUUAGACGACACAAUCCGCACGAGAUACAGGUAUAUGUUGGCGGCACAACUGAUUCGGUACGGCUCAAAAAUGCGCGGAGGGGGAAUUCCGAGGAGGAGAAAGAGGCGUUAGCUGAAGUCUUAUAUGGUGCUGGGUGGCAGACUGAAGAGAUCGUCAGGUCUAUGAAGAAUGCUGAUGAUUUCUACUGCGAGCGUUUGGGUCUCAUUAAGUUGGAUUGCUGGUCGAAAGGCCGCAUGGUACUCAUUGGGGAUGCCGCGCAUUGCCCAUCGGCAAAUACUGGUAUGGGAACCACGUCCAGCAUGGUGGGGGCAUAUAUCCUCGCUGGUGAGAUUGGGAGCCAUUGUGGAGCAGAAGACACCAAGGACGGUCUUGCGGUAGCACUGAAGGCUUAUGAAGAGAAGUUCCGGCCGUUCAUGAACCAGGUACAGCAAGGUGUUUUGGAAGACUCGGAAGAUGGGCUCAUGGGCUCCUUCAUGGCGACACCACUCGGCGUUGGUAUUUUCAAUUAUCUGGCGGCCAUAAUGUCAUUCCUGAAGAUGAAUCCGGCGAAGUGGAUGUUGAAGGAGAAUGUCAAGGAUUGGGACCUCCCGGAAUACAAAGAGUUGCUGCGGGAUUAA